GUAGGCAUAGUAGGAGAGCAGGAAGAGAAUGGCCCUGUGACCAUCAGUAUUGAUGCAGUAGGAGCAGAGGAUGUGAUGAGGAGAGAAAGUCAGUGGGAGGAGAGGCUGGAAUCUUUGACACCACCAUGGGACACCUCCAGACCAUACUGCUAGAGGAGGGAUUCUCGCAGGCACAGCAGGAAUUUCUGGAGGAACACUGCCAUCAUUUCGAGGAGUCAGAAGAGAACAAGUUUGUUUACACCGACAUCUUUCAGCAAUAUACAGAGCUGGUAGAAGGAUAUCUGGAAAGAGAGCUGCAGGCCAGAAUACCCGACUUUGACAUGCACGCCUUCAUCCACUCCCUCCAGACGCACAGGGAGGAGGUGGUGGAGGAGGUGCUGGACCUUCUGCUGUCUUUCUCAGAUUUUCUCUCUUUCAAACAACUGAUGCUCCAUCACAAGGCAAGAAAGGAGGGAAGGGAUCUGGAUCUUGGCGGGCUGGUUGUCACUCCACUCUCACCAAGGAGAUAGCUGCAACCUACUCUCUUACGAAAAAUGAUACUCAAAUUUUAUUAUGUGUGUGAACUGCGCGCAUGCGGAGAAGAUGGCGGCUCCUAGAGUGGCGGUGUUAUGCAGGUCGUGGCGUCGCAUGCUCAGCUCGUUCAACUCUAGAGCAGGCCUCACUGUUCAGAGGACGAGUGCAUCAGUAGCUAGGGCACAUGGCGGGACAGUGGCUGGCCUCUCCUCUCGCAGACUUCUCUCUAUGCAGCAGGUGGAGAUUCAGGGGUGAUGUCAUGGGGAAGACGAAGAAUUCUGGGAGUGUGGCUGGCUGGUUGCAGUGUCAUGGUGGGCGGGGCAGUCAUUAUUGGUGGGAUCACACGUCUGACUGAGUCUGGACUGAGCAUGACUCAGUGGCACCUCGUCAAAGGGAUGAGACCCCCUCGUUCAGAGGAGGAAUGGGAGGCAGAGUUUGAGAGAUACAAACAGUUCCCAGAGUUUAAAGUAGUGCACCAGGACCUGAGUCUGGAGGGCUACAAGAGGAUAUUCCAAUGGGAGUAUUUCCACCGCAUGUGGGGCAGGGCCACUGGGCUGGCAGUGCUGGUCCCAGCAGCAGCAUUCUGGGCCGCCGGCUGGCUCACUCCAAGACUCAAGAAACGAGCAGGGCCUUACUCGGUACUCGUUGUAUUGCAGGGACUGUAUGGCUGGUAUAUGGUAAAGAGUGGACUGGCGAGUCGACCGUCCAGGAUUCAACCCGGGACAGACGAGGUGCCCCGGGUCAGCCAGUAUCGACUAGCGGGACACCUCAGUCUGGCUUUGCUCCUCUAUUCCUCCAUGCUGUACACUGCCCUCGGUCUCCUCGCCCCUCCGGCCACCAUUGCCCCAGCAGUGGGAAAAGUGAAUCGUCUGAGACAUUUGGUCCACGGAGCUACUGCCACCAUCUUCCUCACCUGCAUUUCAGGUGCGUUUGUGGCGGGACUGGACGCAGGUCUGGUGUACAACUCAUUCCCCAAGAUGGCGGGUCGCUGGGUCCCGGAGGACAUCGCCUCUCUCUCCCCCAAAACCUAUCAACAUCACCGAGAACCCCACCACUGUCCAGUUCAACCACCGCUGGCUGGGAACAGCCACCCUGGCCUACCUGGUGGGAGUGUGGGCCUUGGCAAGAGGAGCUCCUCUACCUCCUCAAGCUAGACUCGCCACCAACCUCCUCGCAGCUGCUGCCUUCGUGCAGGUGGGAUUAGGGAUCACAACACUGCUGACCUACGUCCCCACACCCCUCGCCUCCUCCCAUCAGACAGGGGCAGUCUCCCUCCUCUCACUGGCCAUCUGGCUCAUGCACCAACUCAGGAAGACCCUCCCAAGACUAUGAGAACUGCUGCCAAUCUCAGUACAAAUACCAUCAUCAAGUGGAAAUCAAUUUCUUGUUCAAAACGAAUUGUGCAUAAGACCUGACUUGACCGUGUGUGUAUACAUAUAGGUCACGUGACGUGUAAGUAAUGUCAUGUGAGAGUCAUGUGAUCAGUCGGCCUGGCUGGAGGUGUAGCUGGUUGCGUGGUUGUGAAGGAGGUGGAGGUGGUCUAGAGCAGCGGUGAGGAACGGACGGAUGCAGUUCAUCUCCAUUAGUGUUAGGUUAUCCAGCUUAGCCUGUCUGAGGUCCCAGAUGUCCUUCACUAGUGUCCUCACUUCAUCUGCUUUUGGGACAUCUUCUGCUGCACUGGAUGGAGGAGGGAGGGAGAGAGAGAGAGAGGGAGGGGU